UUCCGUUUAAAAAAAAAGAUGAAAGUGACUCAUACGCGGCAUUAGGGUUCCGCUUUCGACUACCUCCAUCCACCGCUCCGAGAACAAGGGAACGGCGGGUACAGGUCCGGAAAUGCUACUUCCCAAUUACGGUAAAGAGCCGGAAGUUGGUCCAACACUUCACCGCGCCCCCCGCCGCCGCUUCCGGUCCGGGCCGUUUUUCCUCAGAAUCGGCGUUUUCCGCUCCGAAUGGCGGCGACUUGCGUCGUUUGGACGCUGGCGCUUUGGGUCGUAGUAGUCGUAGCGAUGACGACGCAGUCGAAUAAGACGGAGUCUGUCGAGGCCGCGUCUCCUUCUCCUUCGCUGCCGCCGAAAGAGAAAAGCCACGAGGGUGCGUCCGGGCCCGCCUCCACCGCCACCACCACGACGACAUCCGGGUCCCCGCCGUCGGGGCUGUCGGGAUUGGGCCUGUCGGCCCUUCACCGCGCGCUCUACGUCGUCGCCGGCCUCGCAGGCAUCGGCCUCCUCUACUACCUCGGGGGCCGCACGUUUCGGACAAGGAAACCUCCACGAAAAAAAUACGGACUUCUGUCCAACUCAGAAGAUCCCAUGGAGAUGGCUUCUCUAGAGAGUGAUGAAGAUACGGUAUUUGAAACAAGGAAUCUGAGACGGUGAUAAUAGGACUUGUGGUUUUUCUGACUUGACCAGAGAAGAAGCAGAUUCACCAUUGGAAGAAACUUGGACCCCUGUUACUUUAAAAAAAAAAAAUUCCUGAAGCUCCUCGCAAUGUGAAAACCUAGCAGUGUGAAACUUUCUCUUCAGGCAGUUGAAGAGGAGAAUUGUCAUAUCCUCUUGCCUCACAACCACUAUGAUAAAUGUGUCUGCCUGGAGAACGAAUUGCAGAGAAAAUGAGGGUCUCCCAGGGUGGGUCUUUAUAUAUUCCUAACAAAUAUGGAAAUGACAGCAAAGCUUGAAGCUGGUACCAGCUGCUGUCGCUUCAAAUGGGAUUUUUCUUUUAAAGAAAGUUGGACCUUCUUAAAGUUGGAAAGUGCAAGGAUGCACUUUGCCGUUGGCACUGCCCUUAGGAAAAGCUUGUGGGUUCAGGUAAGGUGUGGCACGUUAGAGGAGACUGGAUCAAGGUCAGGUCAUUCACCAGCUGCUGUGUUAGGAAACUGCAGGUAGUCCACCUCGUUUGGCCUCUACCUGGAUUUCCUGUUCUGCUUUCCUUUUGUUGUGUCAUUGAGAAAAAGUUGCUGUCUGCUUUUGAAUUUGGUUGUAUAUGAAGCAAUAUCAUUCCAAGAAGAACUGCUGGAGCAAAACACAUGCAAGCGGUUAGUUGCUCUGGUGACUAAGGACAUGGUGCUGGCGCCUGGUAGUUUUUGAAAAGAAAUUUGUUUCCCUUUUUGGUUGAUUACAUUCAGUGACCCUGUUUAGGGCCCAACCUGUUUUAUCUUUGCAGCCAUCUUUGAUGUUGUCCAUCCUUUCUUCUCCCAGGGAGAAGUAACACCAUGCCACAAUAGAUUGCUUAACAAUUGGAAAAAUGUGUUUACAAAUGAAGGAUAGCAGUAGAUGCCCCAUUAGCAUCUUAAAAUGUAAUGAGAUUGCAGCUGUAUCUUAGGGGGUGCAGGCUGGACCAGUAGUUGCAAACAAAAACAAGUAAAACUUGGCCCUUUCAUCUAUUUUUGGUGGAUAAACAGGAAAGAUAUUUUUCUCCAAAUAAAUUAAUCCAGGUCAGUUUGAACAUUUAAUCCAUUGUAGUUCUUUCCUCUUUCAUGGCGAUCAUAUACUAUGGCAAGCCAGUUUUAAAGUAAUAUUCCAGUUAUAUACAGAAGAUUGUUUUGGAUAGGACAGUACUUGGAGGAAUAAGAACCGGAUGGGUCUUUGUUCAGCACAAUAAGUGAAUAAUAAUACAAAUCAGCUAUUAUAUCUGACCAGUACCAGAGGCAUUGUGUCCGUUUCUUGGGACCCAAGAAAUCAGCAAUAUUUGAAUUACUGAACUGUGAGAUGAUCAGUUCACGCUUGGUACUUUGAAUGUUUACUGGGACCAGCUGCUGUUAGGUUGGGAGCUUUUUUUUUAAAUGAUCUUAAGAUGGUAAGCUUGUAUUAAAACAAUGCAAUAAAAUGUUUUCAGUUUUAAAAAUAAAGCAGGUUAAGUGAGCAAAUCUAUGCUUAACUGUGAUGCAGUCCAGGAUUUUUUGUUUGUUCCAGAGAAAAGAACCCAAGAAAACUUCAGUUAAUGAAUAAUAAACAUUUCUCUCCUGCUCACUUUGUCUUCUUAAAACCUGGGAUUAGAAACAGUGUUUUGCCAGUUUGCAGUGAGUGGAUCGUGUUUCUUUGUGUCCAUGAAAGCGGCCUUCCCCAAAUGGGUGAACUCCAGAUGUGUUGGGCUGCCAUUUCCUCCCCAGCCAGUGUAGCCAAAUCCCUUUCCUGGGAUGGCCCUAGGCAGUCUGCUUAGCAGGGCGGUACAGUCAUCAAAACGAGCGCAGAACAGAUCUUUGAGGGAAGCGGGAGAAUUUUAAACCCUGGACUC